UUCGCUGCUGCUCUUUCCUUGGGGUCCCUUUCAGAUCUGCAAAGGCAAGAGGAGCGCGGGGAGCUGCUGCAGCCGCUGAUCUUCGUCUUGCUGGUUUUGUGCUCUGUCCUGCUGUACUUUAAGGUGUCUCUGAUGGAUCCGGGUUUUGUUAAGCCUGAAGAGGAAGAGAAGGCAGGCAAGAGUGAAGAACAAAGCCUGGUGAUACCCCAAGUUCCAAGUAACAUUAAGAUGCGGCGCUGUGGUUACUGCAUGGUGAAGCAACCAAUGCGAGCCAAGCACUGCCAGCUGUGCCAGCACUGUGUGCGGCGCUACGACCAUCACUGUCCCUGGAUCGAGAACUGUGUAGGAGAGAAGAAUCACCCCCUCUUCAUAGUCUACUUGAGCGUGCAGCUUAUAGUUCUGCUCUGGGGAGGUCACGUUGCUUGGUCAGGCCUCUACUUUGAGCAGUCCUGGGACUGGCUGCAGCACAACAUUCUCCUCCUCAUGUCCUUCCUCCUGAUUGUCAUAUUCACCACUGUUGUCCUGUUGCUGCUGCUUUCACACCUCUACCUGAUCUCAUGCAACACCACCACCUGGGAAUUCAUGUCACAUCAUCGCAUCUCCUACCUGCGGCACUCGGAGCUGGAGAAUCCCUUUGACCAAGGGAUAGUCCUCAAUCUCUGGAGAUUCUUCUGUUCGUGCCACCUCACUGCAUGGGAGAAAAUCUAUUUUCAGAGGAACGAAGAGCCAGUCUAG